AUGAUUAUAGUAAACGAUGCGGGGAUUACACUGUCUAUCGGACCGAAACGUUUCGGUGAAUCUGUAUUAACAAUAAACGAUCUACCCGAUGAUCUUUAUGCUAUACUUAUUUCUCAUAAUCAUGCUAUACCGAUUGGUGCUUACGAAUCACGAUGGAUGAUGAAAGCUCAACAUGUGUCACCAGAUGAAGCUGUUCAAAUACAUAUUGAUGUUCAAUCAAAAAAAUCGAUCGAUAUUCAUUGA